CUAUCUAAACCGCACGCUGUCGAUGGUGACGGGAAACGGAAACGCUUCGAUGUACGAAACCGCCGCUCUGAUCGAUCCGAAUUCACGCACGCUUCAUAACAACGCGACUGAUGUAUCGCCGCUACAGAUCUUCGUGCGAGCCAAGAAGAAGAUCAACGAUAUAUUCGUCGAAAUCAACGAUUAUGUUGUCGAAACGACCGGCUUCAUCGAAGAGCUGCCAGCGGCGACAGAGAUCGUUGACAAGGCCGAAGCGGCGGAGUUCAAAAGCUACGUGCUGAAGGUGAGAGGCAUCCGGGAGGUGUUGGCCCGGGACAACAUGAAGGUGGCCUUUUUCGGGCGUACCUCGAAUGGCAAAAGUUCCGUCAUCAAUGCGAUGCUGCGCGACAAAAUUCUCCCGAGCGGUAUCGGCCACACGACCAACUGCUUCUGCCAGGUGGAGGGAAUCGAUGGCCACGAAGCGUACCUUGUGAAGGAGGGCAGCGACGAAAAGCUCAACGUGACGUCCGUCAAACAACUGGCGAACGCGUUAUGUCAGGAAAAACUGUGCGAAAGUUCGCUGGUGCGUAUAUUUUGGCCCCGGGAACGCUGCAACCUGCUGCGAGACGACGUCGUGUUCGUCGACUCACCGGGUGUGGACGUUUCACCAAAUCUGGACGAUUGGAUAGAUAAUCAUUGCCUAAAUGCGGACGUGUUCGUGUUGGUGCUGAAUGCCGAGUCCACAAUGACACUAGCGGAAAAAUCGUUCUUCCACGAAGUGUCCACACGGCUCUCGAAACCGAAUAUUUUCGUGCUUAAUAAUCGGUGGGAUGCAUCGGCUUCUGAACCGGAGUUUCAAGAAUCUGAUCUGGAAAAGGUUAAAGCACAACAUCAAGAAAGGUGCAUAGAUUUCCUAGUAAAGGAGCUGAAAGUCGCAUCUCCAAAGGAAGCCGAAGAGCGUGUGUUCUUCGUUUCGGCUCGCGAAACCCUGCAGGCACGGCUGAAGGAACAGGAAGGUCUACCGCCGUCUGCCGGCGCCCUGGCCGACGGUUUUCAGAACCGAUACUUUGAGUUUCAAGAUUUCGAACGCAAAUUCGAGGAGUGCAUUUCAAAGAGUGCGGUCCGGACAAAGUUCGAACAACAUAGCUCCCGGGGCAAGAACAUCGCCAGCGACAUGCGCAUGAUGCUGGACAGCAUCUACGAACGGGCCAACGUGUUGCGGAAUCAGAAGCUCGAGCAAAAGAAACGCCUCACGGACCGUAUCGCCAAUACGGAGACGUCGCUCAUGCAGGUGACGCGCGAGAUGAAGAUGAAAAUUCACACCAUGGUCGAGGAGGUGGAGCAGAAGGUGGCGAAGGCGCUGAACGAGGAAAUUUGGCGGCUGAAUGUGCUGGUGGACGAGUUUAAUCUGCCGUUCCACACUGACCAGCUCGUGUUGAAUGUGUACAAGAAGGAAAUCAAUGCGCACGUAGAAAACGGACUCGGAUCGAACUUACGCGCCCGGUUGAGCACGGCGCUCGCAAUGAACGUGGAAACUGCCCAGCGAGAAAUGACGAGCCGCAUGACCGCUCUGGUACCGUCGGAGAAGAUCGUCACUCAACAUCAUCAGGUGAUCGCUCGCACGCAGCCCUUCGAGAUGCUGUACACGCUGAAUUGCCAGAAUCUUUGCGCCGAUUUCCAGGAAGACCUGGAAUUUAGGUUUUCGUGGGGCAUCAGGGCAAUGAUUGCUCGUUUCAAUGGCAAGCUUCGAGCGAAUAAUCGAAAGGCGAUCACGCAUCAUCGACAGAAUAGCAAUAUGAAUGUACUAUCUCCAACUUCACCUAUGUGUCUUAUGCCCGAGAACGAGCUAAUUACGAACGAGCAGCUAUCGGUGAUUUCUAAGGUGGCAAUUGCGUCGAUUGGAUCACAGGGAACGCUAGGUCUAGUGGUUGCUGGUCUGAUGCUUAAAACGAUCGGAUGGCGUGUAAUAGUCGGUGCCGGCGUGAUCUACGGCAGCGUGUACCUAUACGAGCGACUUUCCUGGACCAACACGGCGAAGGAACGAAACUUCAAAAACCAGUACGUGGAGCACGCGACACGCAAGCUGAAGUUGAUUGUCGAUCUAACAUCAGCCAACUGCAGCCACCAGGUGCAGCAGGAGCUGUCCAGCACAUUUGCUCGGCUCUGCCGCGUAGUAGAUACCGCCAGCACGGAGAUGAACGAAGAGUUGAAGCAGAUCGAAAGCUCGCUCGGCGUGAUCGAGACCAACCAGAAACAGAUCAAGUUGCUGAAAAACAAAGCCAACUACAUCAUGAACGAGUUGGAAAUUUUCGACAGCAACUACAUAAAGGCAAACUAGACAAACUCCUUCACGAUGCUUACUGUAAUGUACACCGUGUAAUCACCGAUUAGAUAUGAGUCUUCAGUAGAUGAAACUGCCGGGCUAACUAUAUUGGUUUGGAUUUCAUCUAUUAAGAUAGCAAAAAAAAAAAACAACCAAAAAUGUGAUGAUUUAUGCCGAUUCGGUAGAAUACAACGUAGCUGAUGUUGUUAACAUUACCGAGCAGUUGGGUAGGAAACACGAUACUAUUAAUUUAGACAAACCGUGUUCUUACUAUUGCAAUAGCACAUUCAUAUUGGAUUUAGCACCAAAUAAUCUUGGUCACCAUAAGCCACCCUGAAGGGUGUUCUAGAACAGAUGAAGCAAAAUUGAAGUAAUUUUUUUUGGACAACCGGCAAUAUUUGAAGUAAACCAGCAGAAUUCAUCAUAAUUCUCGUGGUGCUAUGGUUUACCAGCAGCUGAAAAAGGGCGUAGGGUUACCGUACUAUAGGACUAGGCAGACGCAUGUGUGUAAACUAAUUCUGCAUUGUAUCCCUUGGUUGUUUCUGCGUUGUAUGAUACUAUUUAAUGUAAUUGGAAAGGUAGUAAAUAUCAUUUCUAUAUUCAAGCAUUGUUCGAUAUGUAAAAAUUAGAUCGAAUCGUUUACUGUUCGUGAGCAAAUGUAGGAGGUGUGCGCGUGAUAUGCCACUCGGAGUGCGGGCACGUGAUCCAAUUCAACCAAAACGCAACCCGGUCCUCCCAGCCCGCGGCUGGUUUGCACAAGCUGAUAAACAAAUUAGGUGGUGCAGUUGCGUGAACCUCGUUAGCUAACUUUUUACGAAAUAAAAUGAACAAAAAAAACGUAAACGAAUACGUUAUUUAGUGUUGCAAUAAAACUAAUAUUGAUUUAUUAAGCUGUAA